GACAAGGUGAGUCUUGGGACAAGAGGAUACUGGAGACAGGGAACUUUAUGACAGGGACUAGGACUAGACAAGACUGACUAACUAGCUAGACUAGGCGCGUCCUUUUAUAGUUGUCUACAGCUUGAGUAUUACUAAGCUGGGUCUUACUAAUAAAGAGAGUGUUCUGGAUGGAUCUGGCUGUAGGUGGGUAUCCACCUAGGAUAACAGGACUCCUAGGCUUUUCUAGAAGAGCCCGAAGUCCUCUGGUCUUGUGCAUGUGACCACCGUCCAAUCACAGAGAUACAAAUCUCUGACAAUAUCAACAAUGGCCCAUCGCCACAAACUGCAUACAGCUCAACAGUUAGCCUUAGCGAACGGAACAGACGUACCUAAAAGACAGAGUCCCAACAUUCCCAACAGAGAUGCAUGGAAGCACAUUGUUCAAGCGUGGAACCUUGUGAAGCCAGAAUCCAUUCGCAACUGCUUCCGCCAUGUCCCUAUUUUCAACAACCGCCACAAGUACGAUCUCUCCUUCUCAGUUCCAGACAGACACGUUAUGGCUGCUCUCAAGAAUAUUCGGCUGAACAUUCAUCAGAUAAACCAGAAGAUGUUUGUCCCGGUACCAGAGGAACCUAUCGAGGUCGACGAGGAGCAGAUUACUGACGAACAUCCGUCCUCGGCCAUCCUGAGACAUGAAUCUGUGAUUCAUUGGUCUGCCACUGCCAGCCCUGAAGAUAUUGCGGCGUUCAAUGAGCUGCCUCAGCUGUCGACCUCAUACCCUGUUUGUCAAUUGCCAACCCCUAUACCGAGUGUCUAUUUCGAACCGUCGCCCUUCAAUGGCAUCUCAAAUGAUCAAGUUGACCGCUCCAUUGAUGACUUAUCAGCCCAGUUUGGACCUGAGGACCCGGAGCUCGUGUCGCUUUUAGACACUCCACAACAGCACUAUGGCCGGCUGAGUCGCGAGCUGGGGGGACCAGCACUUGCUCUCCAGAGAAUAGAGGAAAUGCGAAGCAACAGGACAUAUAUUCGCUUUUUCAAAACAGACCAGUCCAUCGCCCAUAAACACUAAUAUGCUCGACGAUUUCGAUUCAUCGGAUGACGACCAAGACAUGGACUUUCAUAUUGCGCCCGCUGAAGACGUGCCUACAAGCUACCAUCCCCGCACACUUGUCCUGGGUCAUGAAACCCGAGUUCUGCACUGCUACGUGGACGAAACACCAUCGUCUCCCAUUACCGAGUUUGAUUGUCUGGACUCCGAUAACUUUGAUGAGGAACGUGAUAAUGAGGAGAUGAUGGUGGUGGUGGAGGC